AUGACGGGGUACAACUUGAAAACUAUAGCGAAGGCCGAGAUUGGGAGCCUUUGCCAUGAUAUUUAUUUAUUAGACCCUGCGAGUGGUGAGUCCUUGGAGGCGCAUGUGCGUCUUGCCGAAGCGGAAAUGCAGGCGUUGAGAAGACAGAAACAGUUUGUGGAACACUUCGUUUCACAAACUGUGGAAGAGCGGCGUGCAGCUGCGAAGGCAAGGUGCGCUGAAGCUCAACGCCGUCGUGAGGAGUUGACGCAGAAGAUACAACAACUCCGCGGUAAAACAUUGGGAGAGUCGCAUCACAAUGGAUUGGCUCGCCGAUGGGCCGCGGCGUAUAAUGAAUUAGCACACUACAGGGAGCGCGUAUCAAAUGCACUAAUGUGUUCCCCGUACACAAUUGUCACCACCGUUCAACAGGAGGCGGGCAUUAACAGUUCAUUUGAUCUUUGGCCUCCACUCUCUUCUUCGGCAACAUCCGUUAUCAUGGAACUUGAUAACGCAGGGGAAGAUAGUACGUCACUUUCUCCUAGCGUUCUUCGCGAUCAGUUAGAGCUGAUCGCCAAAAUGCAGUUGCGUGUUAAUGCUCUUUUAAACCGCGAAAGGCACCGCCGCCAACUUCAACGUGAGUGCGUCUCCGACUUGCUGAGGGAUCAAAAAAAACUUCUACUUUGGUGCCAGGAACAGAUAGCCACGUUGAAGGAGUUAAAGUCGUUGGAAGACCUUCGAGAAUUCUGUGCUUCCUUUGCCUCGAACGUAAAUGUGAUGGACACCAACUUCCUUGUGUUAUUGGAGCGAAGUGAACUGCUAGAACCGAACCAGACGAUUCGCGACGCCCUAAUGGAGGUAAAUCGGGAGUGGAUUGAACUUGCCGUGUCUACAUAUCAAAAAACUCGGGAAGCUUUGCGGCAAACUCAUUCAUUAUCGGGUGUGGAGGAGGGAUGCAGGCGCUGGGCUAACGUUUUCGAGCUGCGAGUGAAACGUAUACUCACGAAAGCAUGCGCUGUGUCGAGCCACCCUGUCGCCGGUCAUGAGCAUUUACCUGAGCGGUUGCAAGAGAACUGCGCCUCACUAUUGAAGGAGUUUAGCAACGUUUCCAUCGUAAUGCACCACAUAUGUAAGCUUAGUCUCUCUGAGGAGUUUGUGGCACAUCUCGAAGGGGCGCUGCGUCGCACGCUGUUGACACCAUUGUCUUUGCUUACACAUACAUUUGCAGGCGAUGCACAGUUUGUUGCUCAGCGUGAGUAUGCAGACCGCUUGCGGGAGGUGUCAGAAUGGCUUGAUGGGCGAGCAACCGGCAACGCCUACUCUCGCAUCAUGAAGCAAGUUGAACAUCUCCGGACCAUUGCCGAAAAUCUUCUGGAGUCGCUUCCAGAAAAAGACAACUGCGCUGACGUAACUUCUUAG